UUUAUUUCAUUCCAGUUGUACUUGAUUGACUUUGGCCUUGCCAAAAAGUACAGAGAUGCCCGUACGAAACAGCACAUUCAUUAUAGAGAGGACAAAAACCUAACGGGCACUGCAAGAUAUGCAAGCAUCAAUGCUCAUCUUGGCAUCGAGCAAUCCCGUCGUGAUGACAUGGAGUCUCUUGGAUAUGUCCUCAUGUAUUUUAACCGUUCCACUUUGCCAUGGCAGGGAUUAAGGGCUGCUACUAAAAAACAAAAAUAUGAGAAAAUAAGUGAAAAGAAAAUGUCCACCCCAGUUGAGGUUCUUUGCAAGGGCUUCCCAACGGAGUUCGCUAUGUACUUAAACUAUUGUCGUGGACUGAGGUUUGAAGAGGCACCUGACUACAUGUAUCUGAGACAGUUAUUCAGAAUACUGUUCCGUACACUCAACCACCAGUAUGACUAUGUGUUCGACUGGAGCAUGCUGAAGCAAAAGGCAGCAGCCACUGCCACAGUUGGCAGUUCUGGUGCUCUAGCAGCCCCACCUACUGCUACUAAAAGAGAGAGUGAUGAGAGAAUGAAGAGGAAAGGAGCCAGCAAAGGCCAUUAAUUGGUCUUUUGGUGGCAGUUAGGCAAAUAUCUGACAGCAAAAGUUUAGGAACUGAAAAAUACUUCAAAAAGGUGUACUGUUUCUGUAAUUAAGCCUUUUUUAUUUACUUGCA